AUUCGUUUGGUUUUUCGUUUAUCCGUGCUAUCAACAACGACAACAACUUCAUACAUUUUGAGUGUUUUGACUGCGCACGAAAUAAAGAACUCUACAGUACCUUAACUACGCCACGACCGUUUACCGGUAGAUUCGAGUCAUAUUUUCAUUGUCCUUUCGGUAAAAUUUGUUUUUUGUACACAACAACCCGGUUGAACCCAUAGAUAAUAAAAAGAGUACUUUAUAUCUCUAGAGGUACUCUCUUUAUUAACUUUGGUUGAACUAGAGCACUAGAUGUACCUUUAUAGUGCCUUAGUUGAACCCGACAACCCGUACCAGUAGUUCACAAUACUCACCAACAAAUACUGGACCAAAUCGUUUUGCUUACGGAGUACAAAAAAUAUUCCUCCAUUUUAACGGGAUUUUUCGUGUGUAUAAUACAUACCUUUUCUAGCCGCCAACAUGUCUUCUAGCGAUUGUUCAAGCGAUUCGUGGGAGGGAGAGGAUUCCAAUAUGUCACCCGAAGUAAAAAAUGAAAUAGAAAACUAUAAAUUCAUAAAUAGAUAUAUAAACAAAGUUUGGAAUGAUAUGAAAAAAAUUGAUUACCAAUUGGACUGCGAAUUGGGCGUAACACCAAUUGACGAUCUACCUCCUGCAGAUCGACGGAAAUGUAUGGAAAAUGAAGAUUUUUUAUUGUCAUUUCCAUUGACAGAUCCGGACGAUGUUGUUGAACUUGAAUCAAGGCUAUCAAAUGAUUCUUCAGAUUUUAAAAAUGAUUUUAUUGAAUUUAUUACCCCUGUAUGUCCCGAUUGUCCAAUUGAUUGUGAUUGUUUGCCGGAUAUAAGACUCUUUGUAGGAAUAAUUUUACGUUUAUUGUUUACAAAUAAAUUUGCAAGCAUCUAUUCUUGUUGUGAAUUUCAAGAAACUUUUAAAAUUAAAAAUUCAAAAGUUGUCAAGAGUAUUUUUGAUUUAACAAGAAGCAAGUACAAAAAUGUUACCAGACGGCAAGUUAAUUUAUUAAUCAAGAAAUGGAUCAAAUAUGCUGCACGACGCUAUAAAUUGAAACAAAAGAACAAAAAACAAAAAAAAAAUGUUCCGUUUAAACUCUUACUAUUAUAAUACGACUUCAUUAUUUUUAAGAUAUUAUAUUUUAAUGAAUAAUUGGUUCAUAAAUUAAUUUAUAAAUGAUAAUAAGUUGGAAAUUAAACUGGUGGAUUCAUUUACUGAUGCUAUUAUAGUGGAGGUAAAUUAGAACAAUCAUAAAAUGUCUACCAUGAGCAUUAUUUGCUUUUCAGCUUGUGUCUGUAUAUUAUGUAAUCUCAUUUUUUAUCAGUGAUUUACAAAUGUAAUUUUUAUUUUAAAUUAACAUUUAAUAUGAAGAUAAUUUUAUAAUAAAUAUAAAUUGUCCUAUAGUAAACCCAUUACUAAGUUUAAAUUUGAUUAUUGUCUCUUAUUUAAUUAACAAAUAAUUUGUUAUACUAAUGCCUGAUUGCAUAAAAGUCAUUUGUGACUGGUUUUAUGCAACUGGGCAUAGAUACUUUAAUUUGUUUAUAAAUUAUUGAAAAAUUUUACAUAUGAUUGCUAUUAUUAUUGAUUAUUAUACAAUAUACUAUAAUUACUCAUAAUUGUACUACCUUUAAGAUUUUAAGUUAUAAUUUAUAAUUGAUGUGUAUUUAAUACUAUGUAAGUACUUUUUUUAAAUUUUGGUACCUAUUUGAUUGGACAAUAAAUUU